UGAAAAUGGUAAUGCUUGCUGGAAUAUUCACAUAUCUUGUACUUUAAUUCUAUUAGAUGGACGGUCCGCCAUCAUCAACCGGAUCUGAUACUUCUUCACAGUGCCGGGGGCAUUUUAUUGAAGAAGAUCUGCAGUAUGUUCUGUACGGAAGAAAUUCUGUGGAAGAGGUACACAUUUUAGAAACGAUGACUGAAGAAGACAUGGAAAGCUCAGAACAACAAUCCAAGGUCCCCAAAACAACGCCAGAUGGAAGAUGGAUUGAUGUAGCCAUGGAAACAGGUCAAAAAAAGUCUGCAAGGAAUGCAAAACUAAGCUACGCUGUGGCCUCGUUCCCGGAUGAAGUGAAACUUUGCCUGUCUGGAAUCCCAGGGGAGGGUUAUGGAGUUUGCGCAAAGCAGCAUAUUCCCGUGGGAACAUGGAUUGGUCCAUAUGAAGGAAAGUACCUUUCAACUGAUAUCGUUACUCCGGAUAUAGACACGUCAUACAUGUGGGAGGUCUACGAGAACGAGAAACUGGCCUUUUUUUUAGACGGUAGUGAUAUGGAUACUUCGAGCUGGAUGCGCUUUAUUCGUUGCGCUCGUCACAAAGAGGAGCAAAACAUGUUUGCAUUUCAGCACAACAAAAGUAUCUUUUAUCGCGCUUUCCGUGAAAUACCAAGUGGUACAGAGUUAUUGGUGUGGUAUGAUGAUAACUAUUACUUGCAGCACAUGGGGAUACCUGUCGGUAACUGGACGAAGGAUAUUUCACAACACUUUCCAGAUUUCGAAGGAAAAGCAUCAAGCACGAAGCAUGCUGACAGCGUCACUAUUUCAAGUGCGCAACCACAGACGGAACAAGAAAACUCUCCUGAUAAUGUCAGUCAAGAAGCUGACCAUCAAGCAAGGAGCAGCAAGCCUAAUGUUAACUACAGCUCCCCUCCUUGUAAGCGGCUGGUGGACAAAUCAUUCCUUCAAGAAACAGAACGACCUCUCAAGCGGCCUCGAAGGCAACAAGAAUCAAGCAAUAGUAUGUCACCUGCAGAAAACAACUCGAUAACCACCACAGGAAUUCAGCUGACUACUGGAUACCGCAAGAUAUACGAGAAAGUUUUGGAGAACUUCAGGGAGUGUGAUGAUUUCAAAUGUGGUCAGUGUAAAAUGUCCUUCACUCAGCGUUCUCUUCUGAACAAUCAUCUUUGUUCGCGCAUGUCUUGUAAGCCCUACCGAUGUGGCCAUUGUCAUGAAUCUUUUGCUCAACCAAAAGAACUGCGUAUGCACGCAGUUGUUCACGUUAGCGAGAAGCCCUUCAAAUGCGGGUACUGCCUGCGAUCGUUUAGUGGAGCGACCACCUUGAAUAAUCACAUGCGCACGCAUACUGGAGAGAAGCCAUUUUCGUGCGAACGGUGUGGGAAGUCAUUUUCACAAGCUUCCCAGCUUAGUCGACAUCGUAGGAUUUGCGUAAAUUAAAAUUUUUCAGGGAAUGAAGUUAGCUGCAUCCUGACUGAAAUCUUAAAAAUGAUAACUCUCAUUAUGUAUUACAAA